AUAGAUCAAUUCAAGGUGAACCACACAAGGUCAAUUUUGCAAUCUUUGUGAAGAGUAAAUCUUGAGAGAAAGUAGACACUAACAAGUAAUUAUUUGCAAAAGAAAUUAGUGACGUCUUUUUAAUUUAAAUAUCUCUGAUAGUCGAGCUUAUAUUUGUAUCCAAACACAGAAAAUGACUUCAGUAAACCCGGAAAAAACCAGGAAAGAAUUGAUGUUGAAGGCUUCUGAGAUCCACAGCACACCUCAUGCAAAAGUAACUGUUGUAGGACUUGGAGCAGUUGGUAUGGCCGGAACAUAUGGCAUGAUGAUACAGGGUGUAGCAUCUGAAUUAGUUCUUAUUGAAGCUGAACAUAUGACUGACAAACUGGAAGGUGAAGUGAUGGACUUACAACAUGGAAUGACUUUCUGCAGAAAUGUUAACAUAGUUGGAGGAUCUGAUUAUUCCAAGACUGCAGGAUCUAAAGUUUGUGUUGUUACAGCUGGAUUGAGACAAAAAGAAGGACAAACUAGAUUGGAGCUUAUUCAGGGAAAUGCACAAUUAUUUAAAAAAAUUAUACCUGAACUUGUCAAAUACAGUCCAGAUUGUACUCUGAUAAUAGUUAGCAAUCCAGUUGAUGUUCUGACCUGGCUAGCUUGGAAGAUAAGCAAACUACCUUGGCAAAGGGUAAUUGGUACUGGAACUAUGCUGGAUUCUUCUAGAUUUCGCUAUUACGUCAGCGAUAAGCUGGGGGUUUCACCAAAUAGUGUCCACGGCUAUAUUAUCGGAGAGCAUGGGGAUUCCAGUGUACCAGUGUGGAGCGGAUUGAACGUUGGAGGCACAAGAAUUGUGGAAGCAAACCCAGACAUUGGAACUGAAAAGGAUGACGAGAAUUGGAACUUAAUUCACAAGGAUGUUGUAGAAAGUGCUGGAACAAUUAUUAAGAAAAAGGGGUAUACCAGUUGGGCUAUUGGAACAACCAUUUCGCAUUUGGUACACAACAUUUUGAAGAAUACCCACUCAGUUUUGCCAUUGUCAAUAAAUGUAAAAGGGCUUUAUGGUAUUAAAGAGGAUAUGUUCUUGAGCAAUCCAUGUGUUAUUGGCGAGAAUGGAAUUGAACAAAUUUUCAAGUUGAGAUUGAACGCUGAGGAGCAGAGUAAGCUGCAAAAGUCUGCCGAUGCUAUCGGAGAAGUCAUGAAAGGUGUAAAACUCUAA